CACCCAACAUUGGGACUCCGGAUCCCCAACUCUCACAUGGUAGGCUAUAAAGAACAUUAUUCUCCAAUGGCAGGCGAUGUACACCUUAAUUUGCUGCCUUAAUCUACCCCCACAAGAACCUUUCCCAGUGCUUCUUUCAGAGCAUCACCACCUUCAUGGCUGCAUCCAAACCGGUGAAAAUUCUUGAGCAGUGCAAAGUUGCCCCACCUCCAGGCUCCGUUGCAGCCUCGACUUCCACCGCUGUCCCUCUGACCUUCUUCGAUGUUUUUUGGUUACCAGUACUACCAGUGGAAAUAAUAUAUUUCUAUGAAUACCCCCACCCCACCCAAUAUCUCAAUUCACUCAUUCUCUCCUUCCACAGCUCAAACACUCACUCUCCUCCACCCUCAUCCACUUCUGCCCUUUAGCAGGAAAUCUCUCUUGGCGUCAUGAACCCAACCAGCCCGUGAUCUAUUACCUGAAGGAGACUCGGUCUCUUUCACCGUUGCUGAGUCGGAAGCCGAUUUUUAUCAUCUCUCCUCCAAUCACCUAAGAGAAGCCAUGGAAUCACGCCCCCUCGUGCCUCACUUGCCUACAUCUGGAACUAGUGUCCCCCUGUUAGCAAUACAAGUUACUGUUUUCCCAAACACUGGGAUCUGUAUUGCUUUGUCUCGUCACCAUUCGUCUUGCGAUGGAAGAGCAUUCACCCACUUCAUGAGGACAUGGUCUUCGAUUUCCAAGUUAGGAGCUGGGUUUCUCUCAGCUGAAUCUCUACCAAUCUUGGAUAGGACUAUGAUCGAGGAUAAAGAGAGCAUCUUAAAUAUUUUCUUGGAGUUGUUGGAAGGAUUAAUGGAUUCCGAAUCUGGGUCCGAGAAUCGAAUAUUGAGAGCGAUAGAUAGAGAACUCAAACCCAACUUGGUUCGAGCUACAUUCGAGUUAAAUGAAGCAAGCAGUAGGAGACUCAAGGAAUGGAUCUUCGCUCAAUACAAGAAGAAGGAAGAACAAACACAACAUACAAGAUCAAUUGCUGCUCCAUCCAGAUUGGUGGCGACAUGUGCUUACACUUGGAUUUGUUUGCUUAAAGCAGAAGCAAAAGUGGGUGAGUCCAACAAUAAUAUGACUGUCUUUGUGCUUAACGUCGACUGUAGGGCUCGGCUGGACCCUCCAAUCCCUGGAACAUAUAUGGGUAACUGUGUGAGACCUAAUGUAGUAAUUGCUAAUGACAAGACUGUUCUGAUGAGAGGAGGAGUAGCCGCGGCUGCACAGUUGUUAGGAUCUGCACUUCAUGACAUGGACAAAGGAGUUUUGAAAGGCAUGUUGGAGAGUGUUGUAAGCUUGGUGGAGCUGCCGCAUGAUAUAGUUUUUGCAGUCGGAGGGUCACCACAGUUUGAGUAUUACAAGACAGAUUUCGGGUUUGGGAGGCCAAAGAAGGUGGAGAUGACAACCGCUGAUAAAACGAGAGGCAUGUUUCUGAAGGAUAGCUCCAAUAUAGAUGGUGGGUUUGAGUUUGAUUUGGUUCUCAAUAGAAAAGAGAUGGAAGCCUUUGCUUCUGAGUUUGUUGAUGGGCUUAAUGCUCUGAUAUAGCAUUCUUAUUGCCCCCAAGGCCUCAACGGCUCACUAUUCGCUUCCUUUCUCGGUCUUUCAGCAAAAAAACAAAGCUUCCUUUCUAGGUCAAAGGUAUUGAGUAACCUUUUUUUUUAUUAUUAUUAAAAUCUAUAAAUAAAU